CUUUCAUUGUCUUGUUGCCUGACUACGAGGUUGUUGUAGCCUCCAUGAUUAUUUACUGUUGGAGAUAGUUCGUGAUUCACAUUAGAUUUUCUGCUCAUACAGUGAAAACAAGAUGUCGAAGACACUCUUUGAGACUCGAGUGAACGAGAAAAAGAAUUUUGGAGCCCCUAAGAAGGCAGAUGAUGCAUUCACAACGAAAUCGUACAUGAAAAAUAAGGUCGAUAAAGUUGGUGCACCUCCAGCUGCUGGUGCUUUUGUAAAGAAAGAUGCUCCACCAACAGCAUUUAGAAAAUUCUAUGAACGUGGGGAUUUUCCAAUUGCAUUGGAACAUGACACAAAAGGAAACAAAAUUGCAUGGAAGGUUGAGAUUGAAAAACUAGAUUACCAUCACUAUCUUCCACUGUUUUUUGAUGGUCUGUGUGAAACAGCACACCCCUAUGAAUUCUUUGCCAGACAGGGUGUUCAUGAUAUGCUAGAGCAUGGCGGUUCCAAAAUCUUACCUGUUAUACCUCAGUUAAUCAUCCCAAUUAAAAAUGCAUUAAACAUGAGGAACCCACAGGUUAUGUGCACAACCCUCAAGGUUCUGCAACAUUUGGUUGUGUCAGCAGACAUGGUUGGUGAAGCCUUAGUGCCUUACUACAGACAAAUUCUGCCAAUCCUUAACAUUUUCAAAAACAGGAAUUUGAAUUCAGGAGAUGGAAUUGACUACAGCCAACAGAAAAGGGAAAAUAUUGGAGAUCUAAUACAGGAAACAUUAGAAGCAUUCGAACGCCACGGGGGAGAGGAUGCAUUUAUUAACAUCAAAUACAUGAUUCCCACAUACGAGUCAUGUAUGCUUAACUAACUUCUAAAAAUUAUUUUUGUGAAUGUGAAUCAUGUUUUAAAAAAGGAUUUUAUUUAAAAAUGUAAAAUUUUCCUAAAGGAAAAAAGAAGGGAGGGUGGGGGUUAAGGAAUUGAUUCACCCUGAGCAGCAGACUUUAAAAAUAACAAAGGAGUGAACGUGAAAAAUCAACAAUUAUAUAUUAAAGCUUUUCUUCCACACAGAGGAUAUAUUGUCAUAAUACAUUUCAGCACAGAAUGGUUUAUAUUGACCACCAAUGCUUAAGAACUGGUUUAAAGUAAUGUUAUUAUUUGUUGGUAAUGAACUUCUGCUACGAUUAACUAAGCCAAAUGAAUAUGGAGUGAAAAUAUUUACUGUGAUCACUUGUUUUUAUUUUCUUCAAAUGUAGUCAGUGCAAAAAAAUUAAGACUGGUAUUAGUAACUAAGAAAUAUUGUGUACAUAGUUUGUGAUCCGUCCGUUGGUCUGGGAUGUUGUGUGAUGAUGAUGGUCUGUGAUAUCUCCAGAAUAAGUGUUUAUCACUCAGUGAGACUGGCUAAUUGAACUCUCAUCAUUCAUACAAGGAAAUUCUCAGAUAACCAUUUGUUUUACCUAUAAUGUCCACAGUAUGAAAUAUUCUGUAUAUAUACUAAACCAUAUUGUGAAACUGCAUCAAUAAAUCUGUUUAUACAUCAUG